CGGUACGGUUAGAGUACUUGGCCGGCCAGUUAAGCGCCAUUCGUACCGCUGUUGCCGUAGCAGGUGGAGCGUUUCCACUGUGUACCGUCUUUAAGGACAUUGCCAUACAAUCACACAAAUGUUGUCAAAGCUAGUAACCGAGUUCGGUGAGCUGCCGGUCUCGCAGAAGAUGCUGCUGGUGGCGGCAGGUGUGGGCAGUAUCGCAAUGCUAUCCGCCGGUGGCUAUCUGGUGAAAAAGCGCAUAGAAAACACCCCACCCAAGCAAUGGCGCAAGGCGGGCGAACUCGCUGAGUUGUACGUUUAUCCGAUCAAGUCCUGUGCGCCUGUCGUGAUGCAGCAGAUCGAGUGUGCGGACCUUGGACCGCAGCGCAAUUUUCUCCGCGACCGUAUCUUCAUGGUAACGAACGCGGACGGCAAGUUCGUGACGGCGCGGAUGAAACCGAAGUUGGUACUGGUGCAGCCACGGUUCGACGACCGGUACGAGACGAUGUUCCUGACCGCACCCGGUAUGCCCGAGCUGCGGCUGGACGUGCGCACCUUGGCGGCAGGACCAACCGAAGACGGGCGAGCCGGCGAAACCGUACGCAGCACCGUAUGGGGCGAACAGGUAGCGACGGUUGAUUGUGGCAAUGAGGUGGCGCGCUGGUUUUCGCGCUACUUGCUCGAUAAGGAGGAUGGCUACCGGUUGCGGUACUAUCCGCUCGCGUACACCACCCGCCAGAAGAACGGUAGCGAUACCGGUUCGCUGCAGGACGAAACGAGCUACAUGCUGUUUAACGAAGCAAGCGUUACCGAUUUGAACAGCCGGCUGGAGAACAAGGUGACGGCGCUCCAAUUCCGGCCCAACUUUGUCGUUCGGGGACCGGAACCGUACGCGGAAGAUCGCUGGCGCUGGGUACGGAUCGGGGAGGUCGUAUUCCGGUACGAGAUACCGUGUCUGCGUUGCGUUUUCACCACAAUCGAUCCAACGUCCGGUGUGUUCCAUCCGGAUAAGGAACCGCUCCGUACGCUCAAGCAAUAUCGGCAGCUACCAUCGUGCGGUGAAUCGCCUGCACUCGGGAUCCAUCUUGGGUUGCGCCGUGCCGGCGAGAUCAAGGUGGGCGAUCCGGUUUACUUCGCCUAACCGUUUUCGCAGAAACGGGUGCCAUACAUUUUCUUUCCACAUUCCCGCGCGGUGAAUUGCUUUUCUUUCGCGGACACACAAAGACAGAGCAGUGACACGCCCCGGAUCGGUUUUCGAUAAGCCGCGAUAGUGCAUUUAAAUUAACAAUAAAAGCAAAAUAUGCAUACAAAUA